AUGAAAUUGGAUUUAUACGACUCAUCAUCAUUGGUACUUAAUUAUUCAACAAUGUCACAGCCACAGUUCCAUCUUGAUUCAUCAUCGGUCAUCAAAACAGCGCCACCGGGUCGUCAACAGCAUGAUUUUUCACCUAAAAAUGAACCAAUUGAUUUAGCUCCACUCACUCAACCAAGUUUGCAAGAUUUGUCAAAAAUGCAACCCAUUGAACAAUACUAUUCCAUGCCCUCAUAUCCAAGAGUAUAUUCCGAAUAUGCUAUAGGAUUAGCACAUCCCGCAACACAAACUUCUAUAAUAACCGCACCAUCAACUGCUGGACCAUUGUAUUAUCCAACUGUAUUUCAAGGACCAACUCCACAGGAAUGGAACAGACCGAUGGUUGAUAAUUAUAACUAUCAGAGGACAAAUACUCUCCAAUAUUCACAAGAAGUACCACCACAGCAGCAGCAACAACAACAGCAAGAAAGAGUUUAUAAGAGUGUAGAAAUGCCGUCACCAGUGGAUUCUGGUAUUGGUGCUGAUUUAUCAAUGAUGGCUCAGACUAAAGAUGAUUUUUAUAAUGAUACCAAUGUACUUCAUACACUAAAUGAUCGGCCUGAAAGAACUUUAAGCCACCGUGAUUCACCAAUUAUUAUACCGAAAAUCGAAAAUAAUUUGGGCUUUCAAUAUGUACUUGAGGCACCAAUAUCAACUUCAGUUCGCAAAGAGGAUGAUAGAAUGACUUAUGUUAAUAAAGGUCAAUUCUAUACCGUAUCGCUUGACUACAUUCCUGACCCGUGCAAACCGCUAAAAAGCCCCACUGUCAAGAGUCAGUUAAUGAUAGUCUUUCGAGAAGACAAAAGUUUUGAAGAUGAAUUAAAAACCUGGCAAUUUUGGCAUUCUCGACAACAUUCGGCUAAACAACGAAUACUGGAAGUUGAUGCUAAAAAUAGCUCAGGAAUGAUAGGUCAAGUUGAAGAAAUUGCUCAUAAUGCUGUACAAUUUUAUUGGAAUCCUAGUGAACAGCAACAAUCGAGCGUUAAGAUCAGUAUCGCUGUACAAUGUCUUUCAACAGAUUUUAGUAAUCAGAAAGGGGUCAAAGGUCUUCCAUUGCACAUUCAAAUUGAUACGUACGAUGAGAAUGAUAACAGUGAUGUUCCUUUUCAUCGUGGCUAUUGUCAAAUUAAAGUUUUCUGCGAUAAGGGUGCAGAACGAAAAUUGCGCGACGAAGACAAAAGGGCACAAAAACGUAAAUUAGCAGGUAAAAGACUACUCGCUAGCUAUAUGUAUGUGUAUGUGUAUGCGUGCUUUUUGUCCAACGUCCAUCUUCUGCGUGUCAUUGUUAUAAAUACAAUAUGUCCAUUGUGUCAUGGAGCUAACCGGAAAAUGCUUCAUGAGACACGAAGAGAUGAAAAGCGAAGAAUUCAAGGUCGAAAAAAAUCCGAAGGUGAAUAUCACGAACCAUGCGAAAGAUCUGAAUUUUACCAUAUGAGUGAUCUCACUAAACGUGCCGCAUUAUUUAUCGCGCCUGAUGAAUACGAAUCGCGAUAUAUCGAUACUGGAUUAGCGUUCGAUCCUUUAUCUGAAUUGGAACCCGUCGCUAAAAGGCCACGUACAUCAGAAAGAGUAAUGCUGUACGUUCGUAAACGAGAGGAAUCUAUUUUUAUACCUUUACAUAUCGUUCCACCGUCAAUUUCUGGUCUAAUACAAGCAGUUGGUGAAAAAUUUGGUGUUGAAGGUGAAAAGAUAGCUGGUUUAUAUAAGCAAUGUAUGAAAGGUGUAACAGUUAAAUUAGAUGAUGAUAUGCUAAAACAUUAUUGUAACGAAGAUACAUUUAUUAUCGAAAUAGAACAAGCAAGUGACGAUCCAUCGUGUUGUACUGUGACACUUAUAGAACUUCCUUCUUCAUCGCAAAUUGCUCCACAACAACAACAACAACCUCCAUCAUCACAUUACACUCAAUCUUCAUAG